AUGAGAAACGCCGCCGAGACCCUCAAAACCCUCCUCAACAACCCAUCACUGAUCAAAACAAGUUCGCAAGCCAAACAACUCCAUGCCGGCGCCGUCAAGCUAACCGAACUCGGUUCUCCCUCACCGGGGUUAACCGGUCUAAUUAUCUCCGUCUACUCCGGCUUCGACCUAUUGCAGGACUGCCUCUCGCUCCUUAGCACGUUUGGGUCGUCGCUUCCCCCGACCAAGGUCUGGAAAUCCGUCAUCAGAUGCUGCGCCUUGAACGACGAUUUCGUGGGGUCCGUCGGUUUCUUUAAAGAAAUGUGGUCUUCCGGCAGAGGCCCAGUUGGGAAUAUGUUUCCUUCUUUGCCGAAAACCUGCGUCCAUUUGAGGGACUUGAGGCUCGGGGAGGCCGUGCGUGGCUGUAUGCUCCGAGUCGGUUUGGAUGCCGAGCUUUUUACUGGGAAUGCUUUGAUGAAUAUGUACGCCAGCCGUUGGGUGCCCGCAAUGUGUUCGAUGGUAGGUCCCAACCGAGAGGAUCGAUAA